AUGUUCUUGCCGCCCCAUCAUGUGGACCCCUGCCUGAACCCACCAGUGGAUGCUGACGUUGACUUGCAUCUGGGGGCAAGAGUUGCGGAGGGGAACGCGUUCGUGUUUGGCUGGUUACAGUUCGAUGCCGCCGCCUGCAGCAAGGCAGCUGCUGCGCGGGAGCAGGAACAGCAGCAGCUGCUGCACCAGCAGCAGCAGGAGCUCCCCAAGCAGAGACAGCAACUGCAGCAACUACUCAAAGGAUACGCUGCAGCCUCUCCAGCCUGCAUCGAGCUGCUGCAGCUGCUGGAUGCAUGCAAUGAGCGGCUGCUGCAGAAGGCAGCAGAGGUGGGCCGGGCGGGCCAGCGUGGUUUGCCUGAGGGUAUAAGUCCUGCUGCAGCGCGCAUACAGCAGCAGCAGCAGCAGAAGCAGCAGCUGCUGCUGAAGGGCGCAGAUGAAACCGAAGAAGCAGCUCGGGCAGCUCAAGCUGCUGCACUUAUUGCAAGUGCUAUUAUCAAGGAAGAAGCUGUAGACACUCUUCCUGCUGCUGCAGCAACACGGAGCCGACUUGCUGCUGCAGUUGUUGCUCCAUCGAGGCUGCUGUCACUCAGCUCCUUGCUGCUGCCUCUCCCUGCUGCAGCAGGCAGCGGGAAGCAGCAUGCUUUGCUGCAGUUGUGCAUCUGCAGGCUGCUAGCUGCUGCUGCUACAUUUUCCUCAGCAGCAGCAUGGCGCAUAGCCUCAGCAGCACAGGGUGCAACCGCAGCAGCAGCAGCAGCAGCGGCAGCAGCAGCGGAGUCUCUUCAUGGGGCCAGCGGUGGAGCAGGAGACAAGGUGGUGCAGCAGCAUCCCCUUCAGCAGGCCCUCAUCCUCCUGUGUGAGGGUCCCUGCCAGCGUCUUCUGCAGCGCAGCAGCAGCAGCAGCAGCAGCAGCAGCAGACGCAGCGGGGGCUCUGGCGACAGCUCCCUGUUGCCUCCCCCCCCAAAAGCCCAGGGGCGUUUGUGUGGGUGCCGUCACUGCAGCAGCUCAGCAGCAGCAGCAGAUGAAGAGGGGGAGAGGGAAAGAGGAGACAGGGGAGGAGACAGCCACAUACAGGCAGCAGCAAAGAGAGGCUGGCACGCCGCUUGGGGGCCCUUCUCUGUGCGCUGCUGCUGCCUCUCCUGCAGUGAGGAGACAGACCCCACAGCCCCAAGUAAACGAGGUGUACGUACAGGAGGAGAUAUGCACGCAGCAGCAUCGGCAGCAGCAGCAGCAGCAGCUGCUGCUGCUGCUGAUGCUGCGGAGGCCGGGAUAGGUAGAGAUUUGGCAGCAGCAGAAGCAGCAGCUGAUGCUGCUGCUUCGAGUGUACACCCUCUCGUGAGCAGCGCGUUGCUGCAGCUGCGGAGACGCCACAACCCGCAGCAGCAGCAGCAGCUGAAGGGCUCACGAGGCAGUGCUGCAGAUCCCAACAGCAGCAGCAGCAACAGCAGCAAGCAGGAAGGGGGCUUGGCCCUUGUGCGCGCGGCGCUGCGGGGCCUGUCUACCGACCGGGAGCUGGAUGCACUGUGUUUAUUGGUGGGGUUGUUCGAGCGUUUCCUUACCUGGAGACAAAAGGGGCAGCACACGGAGACAGAGACAGCAGCACGGCGGCUGUUUCUCGUUGCAGCAGGAGGCGGCUUCCCCCUGCCUCUGCUGCUGCAGAGACUUGCUGCCAGGGAGCAGCUGAGUCACCUGCUGCUGCCGCUGUUGCUGCCUUCUCAGACCUGCAGCAACCUCACUGACACAGCAGCAGCAGCAGCAGCAGCAGCAGCAGCAGCAGCAGAUGCUGAGCAGAAGGCAGCAGCUGCUGCUGCAGCUCUUUAG